AUUUCAAUUACGGGCAUUUAUAAGUUAAAUUUGAAAUGUUAAUGUUAAUAAAUAAAAUAUAAGACAGACAUGCGACUUAUUAGUAGCGCCUAAUCGCGAAACGCGAACGAACAACGAAUUAGGAUUUGCCUUCAUUAAUUUCUGACUGAAACGUCCCUGAAAGUGGGAGCGCCGCGACACACCCUGAUUAUUAGAUUUCGUAUUGAACAUUGGGCAGCGCGUGAAUUCAGUUUCAAGUAUUAAGUAGUAAACGAAACACUGGUGCGAGUUGUUUGAUUAGCGAGAAUAUCUUUGUAUUACAUAAGAUGGGAAACAAAGUAGCCACUUUCACCGAGGAACAACUAGAGGAUUAUCAAGAUUGCACAUUUUUUACUCGCAAAGAAAUUUUGAGAAUAUUUAAGCGAUUUCGAGAUAUGGGAGAUCCCGGAACAGUUCCACGAUCCAUGACGCCUCAUCAAGCAUCGACGCUUCGUAUACCCCUAUCAUGUUUGACACGUAUACCAGAAUUAAAGGAAAACCCGUUCAGGGAACGUAUUUCCGAGGUAUUCACGAGAUGCCAGAAUCCCAUGGAAUCGUCGACGUUGUCAUCGAACCAAGGAAUCUGUUUUGAGGAGUUCCUUGAGAUGAUGUCAGUUUUUUCGGAGCAGGCUCCGCGGGAUUUGAAGGUCUUUUACGCCUUUAAGAUUUACGACUUCGAUGAGGAUGGCGUACUAGGGUUGAACGAUUUGGAACGCACCUGCCGGCAGCUGGUCCAGGAUGACCUGAACGCCGAGGAGGUGGCCACCGUGUGUCGGAAAGUUUUGGAGGAAAGCGACAUUGACGGUGACGGUGUUUUAUCUUACUUGGAAUUCGAGCACGUCGUAACAAGAGCCUCGGAUUUUAUGGCGACUUUUCACAUUAGAAUUUAAAAAUUCAUUAAUAAAAUAUAGAUGUUGUCAUGACAA